UUCUUUGUAUUCUGCCAACGUCACUCAAAGCAUUUCCCUUUUCCUCUCUUCACAUUGAUGCCUCGACAAUGAAAUUUCCUUUUGUCCUUAUUCGAAUCAUUAAAUCCAGAAAAUGGUGUUUCCUCGGCUCUUUCAUCUAAAAGUCCUUUGAUUCUUGGUUGAGAAAAAUAGAAGAAAUUUGCUAACAGAUAUUGAAAAAUGCAGAAUUCUUUAGGAACAGGUUUUAUGGCAGUUUUUGCAGUUUCAGGGAGCGUUGUUUUUCUUGCCAUUCAACUUCAUAAGCGUCUUCUUUCUGAUUUCAUGAAGAAGAUGAAAUUCGAAAUCGGCACUGCAACAGGAGGAUGUGGAAAAGAUCGAGUGCGAAAGAAGAAGGUGAGAUUUUCCGAUGAGGUGGUGGAGUUAUCACGGGAUGAGAAAGAACGUUGCAAGAAGCAUUUGCCGAAGCCGGCCAUCCGCAGCCGGAACGAGGAGGAAAAUCUGGAGGCGAUGCCUCAUAAUUGGCAAGUUUUGUACAAAGGGAUUUUGAAAAACAGGAACCUGAAGGCGUGUAACUAACUUUUUGAUCGUUGUCACUGGUUAUUUAUGGUGGCGGCCGGUGACAGUGAACCUCCAUUAAUGUACAUAUCUGUUCAGGUUUCAGUAGGUUGUCUUUAUUUUUAUAUUUGAUUUAUUCAUUUGUUGUUCUUAUUUUUUCAGAAUUGUUUAUCAAAGCGAAGUUGUAAAUAUUCUGUUGAUAAAUAUUCAGUAGUUAUUUUAAUUUUUUUCUA